AACAAAGUGAAUCACGUGGUUCGCAGGAGGUAAAGCUGAACAGUGACUAAUAAUUUCUGACCUGCAUAUCGGCAGGAAUUGGACUGGUUGUGCUUCCAGUCUUAAUUGUAUGUCUCUAACAAUGCAGGGAGAGGACUUUGAGUCUUUUCAAGGACAAUACCACAGAUAAACACCGGUUCAAUGGCAUCCCCCGCAGCAAAAGAAGUCGGUCCUGGUGAGGGGACUUUAGGGGGAAUGCCUGGGGCCCGACUACCUCCUCGCCCGCAUCAUCCGUCUUCAUCGACUGCAGCACUGUUGCCGGGAUCGCUGAUGGUAGAAUCUGUGGACGAUGCCGAGGGUCUCUAUGUAGCAGUUGAGCGGUGUCCCCUCUGUAACACUGCUCGACGUAGACUGACCUGUGCCCGAUGUAUUCAGAGUGGCGAUUUUGUUUACUUUGACGGAAGAAAUCCUGAACGCUACAAAGAAAAAUUGGAAAGACUGAAAGGGCUGAAAGAUGAAAAGGAAAAUCUUCAGCAAAGAGUUAUCCAAGCCAUUGAUAAGAAGAUUCAGGGGGACCAACUUAAAUGGAAGAUCAUGUCCUGCAAGAUGAAGAUUGAGCAGAUGAAAGAGGUCAUCUCCAAUGGGAAUGAGGAAGUGAAGAGUGGUAAGGAUCUGCUGGUGCGCUCGCAGGAGGAGAGCCAGCGGCUGCAGCGGCGGGCCAGCCGGCACCAAGAGAAGCGGGACAAGAUCGAGCGGCACAACAAGCGGUUGGCCGAGCUGCUGGAGCGGCGCGGCCGCGAGCUGCAGGGCCGUCUGGAGGCGCUGGCCGAGGCGCGCCGGGGUCACAUCCUGGAGCUCGUCACACACAUCUUCCCCAUGCAGGAGGAGAAGCAGGGCAGCAGAGACCCGGCUGAUGUGGCUGCGGAGUGUGACCCUGCCCUGACCUCCAGCACGGUGAGUGAACUGGCAGAGGCACGCAGGACCACCUACCUGUCUGGCCGCUGGAUCUGGGACGACCAGAACGGAGAGACCAGCAUCAGCAUCACUGGCCCCCACGCCACGCUGCCCAGCAAUGGAGACUGCUCUGCCUACUACAGCUGGGUGGAGGAGAAGAGCACCACCCAGGGCCCAGAGCUGGAUCACAUUAACCCAGCCCACACCAUCAGCGCUGCUCUGUGCUACGCCACCCAGCUCGCCAACAUCCUCUCCCACAUCCUGGACGUCAACCUGCCUAAGAAACUGUGCAACAGUGAGUUCUGUGGUGAUAACUUGAGCCGCUACAGAUUCACACGCGCCCUCACCAAACUCAACACCAACAUCCUGCAUCUCUCCUUCUCCCAGCAUGUUGAGAGUGAUCUCCUGCAUCCCCAUCACACCUUGAGGAAUAUCAUGUUUCUGGUCUCCCCCGAAAAUAAGAACCUCGGCAGGACCGGUCCUUUCGAGGCCAGCGCUGACCUGGAGGAGUCCAUGGAGUUCGUGGAGCCGGAGGCGGCGGGACCUGCCGAGGAGAGCGGCGACGAGGCGCCCAGCGACGAGGAGACGGACCUGGGCACGGACUGGGAGACGGUGCCCAGCCCGCGCUUCUGCGACAUCCCAUCGCAGCCCAUGGAGCUCUCGCAGAGCACGGCCAUGCAGGUGUCCCAGCCGGCGGGGCAGGCAGGGGGCAUGAUCUCCUCGGCCGCCGCCUCCGUUACCUCCUGGUUCCGCGCCUACACUGGCCACCGCUGAACGGUCAGCAGUCACCGAAUCGGCUGAUGCUGUAGCUAUGCAAAAAAAAAAAAUACUCAAAAAAAAGACCACAUACUUCUCUCACAAUCUUUAUCUGUCUGCCAGUCUCUCUCUCUCUCUCCCUUCUACCCUGUCAGCUUGCACGUUGGGAGAAAAGAACGACACGCAGGCCAAUGAUUUAAAACAAAAAAAAAGGGAUGUCUUGUUUUUAAACUGAGAUUGCAUGUUCACUUGUGGCAAGAUGGAGACUGUGUUUUUGUUUUUUUUUGUUUUUUUUUGCUUUUCUUCUCAAAAUGCUGACAGAGAUGGUUCUCUGAACACGGUUUGUUUGAAGAAAAAUGGUCAGCUGUACAAUGAAGCACGUGAAAGAGAAGAGAAGGGACCUAAUGACUGGAUGCAGAGACAUUUUCAAAGGAGUGUGUCAGCCCCCCUCUGCAAUCCUCUGUGAUCAUUUUCACCACGCCAGCCAGCGAGCCCUCUCUUCUCCUCUCCUGUUUCUGGGGUUCUCACCCAUCUGCAGCGAAGCAGAGACAAUGUCUGCCAUACCACAGGCCCACCCCGAGAGGCUGGGGAAAAGCAGGAUGUUCUCGCUGUGAGAGGACGAGACUGCUCAACUCAAAGCUGGUUUACCACAGCCUUCACUGUACAGCAGAGGUUGAGGGUUUGGAGAUGAAAUGGUAUGUAUGUGUGUGUGUGUGUGUGUGUGUUCAUGUUUGCAUUUGUGUCAUCUGAUGGGAUGUCGAGAGUAAGAACCGCUCUCAGAAGGGUGACGAGAGUUAAGAUCUUCUUAGGAGAUGCGGCCCUAACUCGUGACUUUUAAAACGUCAACAGCGACUUUACUCUUCUCUUGGCCUACCACUACUGAAUGUUUGGUUAAAGGAAAUGGCCAGCAUCGGACCACAGAUGAGUGGACCUGACCGCCUCGGUUAUUUGAGAUGUGGAAACUGACUUUGGGGAAAAAAACUGACAGCAAGACAUCGGUACAGUGUCCACUAUGCCAGCAGAUGUCACCUGAUGUCACAUUUAGUUCUGUUUCUUGAAAUGGUCUUAGUUAACGUGUGGGUUUCUUAACUGUUGAAUACAGCAUAUUCAGAUGUUAUGCCCAUGUCUCUAUGGGAUACUAUAUUGUACCUUUGUGUGACUGUGUGCAAAGACCUAUAUCGCAGACUAGGAAGCCUGGUUUAUUUUUAAGGGUUGAGGGCUCGAUUGAUAUAGAUCUGUCCACAUAAACGUUGGACAUUAUGAGGAAAUGUCAUGGUGAAGUCUUUGUUGCCAUAAAAAAUGAGAACCUUACAUGCACUGGUUGUAAUUUUGUUUGCUAACAGGGUGUCAAAUGGCCAACACUGUCUGUCUGCGUUUUCCAUAUUCAAUAUAGUUUAUUUUCUUUAUAUGUUACAAACCACAGCACAGCAGUGUUGACCUCCAUUUUGGACUGAUGUUAUGAUUCUCCACACGCCUCAAUAAAAAAACAGCCUGGAGAUAUGA